UCCUCGCAGGAGCCAGGCGCCGAGUCGCAGCCGCACCACUAUUCCUUUGCCUCGAGCGCGCGAAAUAAGGAGCGAGGCCGCGCGAAGACCCUAGCGGCAACCCGGCGACGGCGCAAUCGAGCGAAACCCUAUCUUCACCGGUGCCUCCUCUCGUCCCGGCCUACGAUCCCCAACCGGCCGUGCUUGCUUUCAUCUGGCAAAUAGACACUGAAACUAGAAUCCACGCCUGUUCUUCAGCAAUGGAGAUAGUGAAUGAAAAGAAGGCAACUGAAGCUGCUUAUGGUGAAGAUAAUCGUCAAGCUAAGGAUGUAUCAAACAUGGAAGCAAUUGAUCCUUCGAAUCCUCCCUAUCCUCCUUGUGCACCUGGUCCUUGUAAAGAUUUUACUAGCCAUAUCAAAUUAAUCAAGGAGUGGAUGGAUCGAAAACAGGCUUUUCUUGCUGCCUACAGAGCAACUCAUACAAUCAUCCCAGAUCGUACUCAUGAGAUGGCAAAUGAUGCCUUCUUCGAUAAAUUACCCCGCCUGGCGUCCAUCCUGGAAAAAGAUAGUGUCAAGCUUUUCCUCAACUUAUUCGAGAAUGACAGAGUGGGUUUGGCUUGGGGUUUCGUCAUAACCCCACAGACUUUCAAUCAGAUGAUUGUGCAAAAUGCCCUGCGAUGUGCCAAAGUUGCCUUGGAGGGCAAGGCUCCUGAGCUCGAUGGAUACCGUGCCAAUCCCAACUACAUGAACCAAAGUGGGUACUUUCCCCUCCACCAAGCUGCUGAAAUGUUCUCUACUGACAUGAUCAAAUUGCUCUUCCACUAUGGCGCAUUGGCCAAUUUGCGCACGGUUGGCCCUGAAGUCAUCGAGGGCCUACUCCCACUACAUGUUGCAGUUCAGAACGCUUGCCUGCAUAAGUUUCUUGAGGACAAUCUGUUACCUGACAAAGAGAAUAGAGACUAUGUCUACAGGCUCAUUCAACUGCUGUGCUUGCCUGAAAUGAAGAUCUUCUUGGAUACAACCAGACUGAUUGCAGAAAGAACAGAUGAUCUACUUGCUGAGCUCUGGAUAUACAUAAAGGAUGGAAAGCUUGCCGAAACAGCAGUUUUGCUCCUGGCGGCUCAAAAAAAGAUCCGCACGGGAUCUUCGUUCAAGGCAAAUGGCAAUUCUGUGACAGAUGGAGAUGGGUUUUUUAUUAUAUCUAAGCUAUGUGCAGAUGAUAUUCUUGCCUUAGAUUCGGAAAUUUCUCAAAAAAAAGCUGGAAAUAAGCGGCUGAAGGCGGAGAAAAAGCUUAAACGUAUGUCAUGGGUCCUUGUUAAUGCAAUUAAUGAAGCUGGUGAAGCUCUUGAUUCUUAUAUCCGGGCGCACCCAGAGGUGACCAGUGCCAUGCAGGUGUCCCAUGUCCAUGUCCUUGAACGUGUCUCAUCAAUUCUCAAGAACCAUGGUGUAUUUCCUACUGGAGAAUGCAUCAACACUGGAAACCUCUGCCCCUAUGAGCAACAAUUGUCCAGAUCUUCCAAUGGAGAGCUACCUGUCAAAGAUGAUGUGCAUGGUACAGUCGAGAAGGCUGCCAGAAAGAAACGACCUAAAGGAUGGGAGCUCGAAUAUACAAGGAGAAGCUUCUUCCCAUAUUGGAAAUCAGUGUUAUCCCAGCUGCAGGAUAUGUCUCCCAUGAUAAAGUUGCAAACCAUUCAAGAGACCGAGGAAAAUUGGAAUAGAUCAGUGGCUGAAAGAUCCUCUCCAAUUUCAAAUAACAAUCUUGGAUUGUUGGGAAGAAUUCCACAGUUAACAAGUAAUCAGCAAUCCAGAAGGCUGUUCGGUACCACUGCAUCAAUAGUCUUGAAACUCUUAAAGCAUGCUUGAGUUGAGAGGUAAUUUCAUCGGUACGAGGCGGCUGAAUUUACUAGUGCUUUGUGUUUCGCAAACCAUGCUGGGCAUCACUAUCAGUAUGGUGCCGUUCCGUCGCCAACAUUCUCUGUAAACCCUUAAAGAAUGUGGAGAGAAAAGAACAUGCAAAAGCUAGAUCCAACAGCCGAAGCACCCAGCUCUGCACUAUGCUAAAGAGAUCGCACACAAGCACAUGGAUGGUGGCCAUUGCCACUUGCUGCUCCAAACAUGGAGCAUGAAUUUGCUCAAAGAAGUUGCAGUUUCAGAAAAGUUCACCUGGCUAACUCCUGAAUCAUAAUGGCAGUUCAGUUCCUAAUACGAUUUCUACGGUUCUACCACCACACUUGAUCAACUACUCGUACUUUACCUGUCCUUUA